AUGGAAACGCCAAGAACAAACGGGACCACAGGCAAACAGGAGGAAGCCAAGACCCCCACUUCGCCCAAGAAAGAGACGGAAGAAGGGAAGAAAUCCAGCAGUCCAAACAAAGCUGAGAAAGAAGCCAACAAAAACAAUGUGGCACCGAACCAGGAGACAACCCAACUCAAGAAUGCUAUGUAUGCUGGAAAUGACUGGAAGAGACCCAUCAUCCAAUUUGUGGAGUCGUCUGAUGAGAAGAGGUCAACCUACUUCAACAUGGACCUCGCGGAUGCCAAGAAGUCAGGUUUUCCCGCCGUGGGGGAAGCUCGGAGGUCCCAGGUCACUUUUCCCGAGCGGGGAGAUUUGAGGAAGCCCCUGUUCAACAUUGCAGAUCUAAGAAAACCCAUCAUCACCCUGGGGGAAACCGGAGAGACCAAGAGGACCAACUUCAACCGGGUCGGUAGGGUACCUACUGGAAGACCCCGGGUGGUUCUGGAAGAGGUCCUUUGCGACUCUUGCAUCGACAACAAGCAGAAGGCGGUGAAGUCCUGCCUGGUGUGCCAAGCCAGCUUCUGCGAGCUUCACCUGAAGCCCCACUUCGAAGGGGCAGCUUUCCGAGACCACCAGCUCCUGGAUCCCAUCAAAGACUUUGAAGCCAGGAAAUGUCCCAUUCAUGGCAAGACCAUGGAGCUUUUCUGCCAGACCGACCAAGUCUGCAUCUGUUACCUUUGCAUGUUCCAAGAACACAAGAAUCACACCACCGUGACGGUGGAGAUUGAGAAAUCGGGAAAGGAGACCGAACUGUCUUUGCAAAAAGAGCAGCUGCAGCUGAAGAUCGUGGAGCUUGACGAUGAAGUGGACAAGUGGCACAAGGAGAGAGACCGUAUCAAGAAUUUUACUGCCAACGAAAAAGCCACGGUAGACCAGCAUUUCAAAGAGCUGAUCCGUGACAUGGAGAAACAGCGGGAUGAGGUCAAGGCUGGUCUGGAUCACCGGGAGAAGGUGGCGGUGGAGAACAUCAAGGAGAUCGUGGAGGAACUGGAAGACAGAGUGAAACUGUUGCAGGAGGACAAGGAAACCAGGGAACAGAUUGGCCUAAUCAGCGACUCUGUGCUCUUCCUACAGUGCAGGAUGGAUUGCAAAGAUGUCUCCGCAGAAACGCUGUACGACGUCCUGCACGACAUCGAGUACCGGAAGAAGUGGGACACCAACGUCAUCGAGACCUUCGACAUCGGCAAACUGACCGUCAACGCAGACGUCGGAUACUAUGCCUGGAAGUGUCCCAAACCCCUGAAGAACCGGGACGUUAUCACGCUGCGCUCCUGGCUGCCGAUGGGCAGCGACUACAUCAUCAUGAACUAUUCGGUCAAGCAUCCUGUAGACCCUCUCAUCUCCAUCCCAUCUCCCCCUCCUCCACUUCCACCUCCAACCCAUCUCCAAGACCAUCUCACCUCCACCUCCAUCUCCUCCACUUCCACCUCUGCCUCCAUCCCAUCUCCAAUUCCAAGAUUAUCUCCAUCUCCACCUACAUCUCCAUCCAUCUCCACUUUCAUCUCCACCACAACCUCCAUCUUGACCUGCAUCUCCUCCAUUUCCACUUUCACCUCCAUCCCAUCUUCACUUUCAUCUCCAAGACCAUCUCAUCUCCAUCCCAUCUCCACCUCCUCCACUUCCACCUCCAUCCCAUCUCCAAGACCUCCAACCUCCACCUCCACCUCCAUUUCCUCCACUUCCACCUCUGCCUCCAUCCCAUCUCCACUUUCCUCUCCACGGCCAUCUCAUCUCCAUCCCAUCUCCAAUUCCAGGACUAUCUCCCUCUCCAUCUCCAUCUCCAAUCCCUCCUCCCUCCACCUCAUCUCCACUUUCCUCUGA